GAGCAGAAGGAAAAAGAGACUAGAUCUUCAACUACAACAAGUUCCAAAAGCAGGACUGACGAGAAGGAAAAAGAAAAAAUGAGGGCGAAGAUAAAACUAAAAGCUGAGAAAGAGAAAAGGCUUAAAUUGGAGAAAGUCGAAAGGAAGCCAAAAUCACCAGAGAAGAAGCCGGAAUCGAAAAAGUCUCAAGAAGCAAAGAAAGAGAGGGAGAGAAGUCUUGAACAUUCAAAAACAAGCAGCAGGCCAACUUCCAAAGUGUCAAAGGACAAAGAUUCCAAGGAGACUUCUAAACCACAGGUUGUAAAGAAAGAACCGCGUGUGAAAGAAUUGCCUAAAGCAUUCAGGACUGAUCCUAGCCCACCUAAGGAAAUAGCUUCUCCAUCUCAACGGUCAUCGUCAUUUUCGCCAAGUCCAACUCCGCCAUCCAGGGGGCAUCAUAGUUACAGCAGGAGCCCCUCAUAUAGACAUCGGUCCCCCAGUCCGUACGGCAGACGACAUAGCCCGAACAGUCCCUACAGGAGGAGAAGCCAGAGUCCGUAUGGCCAUGGAAGGCGGACCCCCAGCCCGUACGCGUACGAGCGCAGCGGAUACUACAGCCCGUACGGGCAGCACAGGAGAACGCCAAGUCCGUACGGGUACAGGUCCAGGAGUCCAUACCAUUCCCCAUCACCUUACAACAGGAGGAGGUCACGUGAGAGGUCACCUUACACUCCAGAUAGGAGGACUGAGGCUGUGUGGAGCAGCGCCUCCCAGCAGGGAGGCCCUGAACUGCAGCCUCAUGCUGCCAGCUCAGCUGGGAGAAGAGGACGUGAUGUUCAUGCUUACCAAAGACGGAAGAGAAAACACUCCAGAAGCCGCAGUCCGUACUACAAGGACUCGCACGGUCGUUCUCAUCGCUCCAGAAGCCGUUCCCGGCGCUCCCACAGCCGGUCUCGCCGCCGUUCGGGCAGCCGGUCGCGCCGGCGGUCCUCUAGCUUCUCCCCACGGAGCUUCCUGAAGAGCGAGCAGCUGGACAAAACGCGGGCCAUGUUCGCGGGAAGUCUGGCUGCCGAACUCCAAAAACACACCAAGUUCCGAAAAGACGAGAAAGCCCGCGAGUCCAAACAGGGAGCCGUCAAGAAAGAAAAGUCGCAGCCCUCAAACGAGACUGUCGUCAAGGACGAACAAGAAGACGUAGAGAGCUCCAAGGCGGGAAGUGAGAGUACUUCCCAAGUCUCCACUCCUUUAAGUGUCCGACAGGAGGUGAAGAAGGAACCCAAGACGCCGCCUGAGCCUGAACUGACUCCUUCCGAGCCGCCGAAGGCUCAAGAACCAAGGACUCCGCCCACACCUAAAGUGGACACCCCUCCCCCACCCCCGUCUCCGGAACAUCCCCCGGAGCCCCCCAUGCCCACCCUUCCUCCCCUACCUCUCCCACAAGUGGUGCCUCUAGAAGAAGACGAGUUUGACAGUCCCAUCAUAGAACCACGGAAGAUAAAAGUGGAGGAAAAACCGAAGAGACUGACAGACUUGCCCCUGCCUCCUGACGUGACCACACCUCCGGACGAAGAGGAACCCUUCCCGAGAGACAGAAAGCCUAGGACCAAACCAAAUUCCCGCCGCCAGUAUCAGGAAGAGCGAACCGGUUCCAUCAAGAUUCCUAAGGUGGCAGCGUCGCGAGCCAGCACCAGGAACAAAGGCAUGGUGGAGUGGGGGGAACGCUGUGUGGACGUGUUCGAGAUCCUGUCUCAAGUCGGAGAAGGCACCUACGGACAGGUCUACAAGGCUAAAGACAAGCAGACAAAGGAAGUGGUUGCCCUGAAGAAAGUGCGACUGGACAACGAGAAAGAAGGCUUCCCGAUCACCGCUGUACGAGAGAUCAAGAUCCUGAGACAGCUCAGUCACAGAAGUAUUGUCAACCUGAAGGAGAUAGUCACAGACAAGUCUGAUGCCCUGGACUUCAGAAAAGACAAAGGUGCUUUCUACUUGGUGUUUGAGUACGUAGACCACGAUCUGAUGGGCCUGCUGGAGUCUGGGCUGGUCCAGUUUAAUGAGGACCAGAUCAAGUCCAUGAUGAAGCAGCUCAUGCAGGGGCUGGACUACUGCCACAAGAAGAACUUCCUCCACAGAGAUAUCAAGUGCUCCAACAUCCUCAUCAACAACAGAUGGCAAGUGAAACUGGCUGACUUUGGAUUGGCCCGACUCUACCAUGCAGAGGAGGCACGUCCCUACACCAACAAGGUUAUAACACUGUGGUAUCGGCCUCCUGAGUUACUAUUGGGAGAGGAGCAGUAUGGUCCAGCCAUUGAUAUCUGGAGCUGUGGGUGCAUUCUGGGAGAGCUGUUUACCAGGAAGCCCAUUUUCCAGGCCAAUCAGGAGCCAGCUCAGUUGGAGCUCAUCAGUCGUAUCUGUGGAGCUCCCUGCCCGGCUGUGUGGCCUGAUGUCAUCAAGCUGCCCUACUUCCACACCAUCAAACCCAAGAAACAGUACCGCAGGAGGCUGAGGGAGGAGUUCGCUUACUUCCCUACCCCGGCCUUGGACCUGAUGGAUCACAUGUUGACCCUCGACCCUUCCAAGAGAUGCACGGCAGACCAAGCAUUGGAGUCGUCCUGGCUGAAGGGAGUUGAUGUUGACAGGGGACUAACACAAGAGCUCCCUACUUGGCAAGACUGUCACGAGUUGUGGAGCAAGAAGCGACGACGCAACCGGGACGGCCGCAUGGAGGAGCCUGUUCUCCAGGCUAAGCAGCAGCGGCUGGACCUGGGGAUCGGAGCCGAGGGUUCCGGUCAGAAGUCGGGCUCGUCGGAGGGCCGGGGGAGCGCCCAGGGCGCAGACAGCAGCCGCAGGGCCAAGCCGCAGGCCGGAGCCGAGGCCGCCACGACCACGACGGCAGAUCCCACCGUAAGUCAGGCUCAGCUGGUGGGUCUCCUGAAACUGCUGCAGAACCAGCCGACCAUCAACGUAAGCCAGUUAGCCCAGUUUCUAGGUGUGAAGCUUGACCCUUCCACCUCCCUCUUGAUAGACAACCUCCAUAAGCAGCUGCUGCUCGCUGCAGCCAUACAGCAGGCCCAGCCCAGUGGGGGAGGGGACGUGGUGGGGAAGGCUCGUUCAGACGCCCUGGGAGCGCGACUAGGCACCCCGGGGGCUAAACCCAAAACUCCAAUCACGCCCAAAGCUGCAGUGGCACCCCCUCUGCCUCAGGCGCCCACAAUUCCCUCCCAAACACAGCCUCCCAGUUUGUCCGCCGUUCCCCCACAGGCUGCAGGCAUGGCUUCAGCGGCAGUAGGUAGCGUACCGCAGGCCCCCGCCCCGGGGGGUAAAGUCCUGCCCCACGGGGAUACCGACAUGCGGGGUCCGGGGGGCACAGAGAACCCGUCCUCCUCCACAGCGGGAGUAAAGGCUGCCCUUAUCCAACUGCUACAGCAGCAGCAGGCCUCACAGAGUGGCGGGCAGACAGGCACGCCCGGGAGCAUGUCUGGGUCUAGUGUGGGGAGUAGUGGGCAGGUAGGGUUACAACAGGAAACAGUCACCAGCCAGGCUAUACUAGACGCGCUAAGUCAGGACUCUGUGUUCUCCACCUCUGGCCAACCCAGCGGCAGCAAGCCCAUGGCACCCAGCCAGUCCGGGCAGGGGAGGGGAGGGGGGCAGGGGUACGGUUCGGGUGGUGCGUUUGUUGGGGAUGUAGACUACAGGAUGGCGGGGAGAGUCGUCGGUGCGGUGAGCUCGACGGGAGACGUCCCGAUGGCUGGUGGGGCGAGAGGCACUUCGGCGAGCUAUGCAACUGCGAGUGGGAGUGGCUACUCUGGGACCAGCUACCAGCAACAACAACCUUCUCCAGACAGCACCCAGCCAGGCAGACCUAGUGGGCAGCCCCCCUACAAUCCUUCUUCCUCCUAUGGAGCAUGGCAAUGAAGACUGGUAGAAUAUAAAGUACGUAUAGACCAGGUGGUAACGGGGGCUGAUGCAUGGACUGCUUCAGAAGUGGAUGAGUUUCCUGGUUGUCUAUGGGAUAUCUCAUAUUCUUGUGACCAAAUGAUCGCCUAUCCACUCAAGACGUAAAAUAUUUCAAGUUUAUGUUGAUGCUGAAAGAUGUCUAAAUGUUUCUUCUUCGACAUUUAGUUUUUUUCCUUUUCACUUUCUGCUUAAUUUUUGGGGUUAGGGGAAAAAAUGGGGAAAAAUAAUGUCUUGUUAUGGAAUUUGUAGUGGAUGAAGGCUUUGUAAUGUUUGAUAUCUCUAGAUGUUGUGCAAUUGUUGAGGAAUUAUUGAAUCGGAGUCAACACGAUUAAUCCAUAGAUGUGCUUGACAGUUGUCUCUCUUCUACAGACUGGAGGUAUUAAUUUCAAAGGUUAAACUCUGUGACAGUGACAUAUUUUUUCUGUCCUUUUUUUGCUUAAAAAUGUGGUCCUAACAUAUGCUGCUGUCAACAAGUGUUGGUUGGUUGGGGGAGGGGGUACAUCAGAAUAGUAUAGCUGUCCUGCAAACUUUCAAGUUCAUACACUACUCACAUGCAACAGACUUAGUCAAUUUCCUUAUCUUGAAUAUAAUGUAGUAGUUUACAAAUCAGCAUUAACUUUGAUGUCGUAGGCACAUUACUGACAAUAUAUAGCUUACACGUAGGCUCCUUAUUGCACUGAAAUUUUCUUUAAAAUUGUAGAAUCUAUUACAUUUGAAUCUGAAAUGUAAUUGUACAGGACUGCAGUAAUCAUUAUUGGAUGUAGGUGGUAUUCGCUGGACUUGCUGCUUUGGAAGUCCUCUCACUAAUAUAUGUACCGUUCCCAUAUUAUGGUUCAAUAAAACAUAGUGAUG